UGACUCCCUUAAAAAACUGGUCCAAACACACAUUUCGGAUCCGGGUCGGAUCGUCCAACAAAGCUUCUGCUACGACCUGUCUCGAAAUUGGUCUGUUUCAGUGUCUUGGGGUUACACUGUGCAGCUAUACCCAUCACUGGUGACUUCAAAGGUGUUGCAAACUCCAUUUCAAACAUUUGUGACAUGGAAGAGUUCGAGUCAAGGUCCAUUCAUAUUUAAUACCCGGGUCUUUAGCCCCGACCCGUGUGAUAGGCCAGUUAUUUUUUUCUUGGACCAGGCUGAGAUGGUCAAGAUGAGUGAAACCCUGACGACGUAUAAGAAGGUUUUGGCUGAGCCAGGGUUGGGAUGUUUUCGGACCGAAUAUGUUAAUGCUACUUUGGUUCAGUUGGUCAAUGUCUCAGCGGCCCCAUUCCAGUCCAACACGUGGAAGAAGGCGCCAAGAAGGCAAUGUUGUGAAAUCGUCAAUGGUGGCACAAAUGGGGCCGACAGUGUCAUACAAGUCAGAGUACGAGGUUGCAAUCGUUGGGAAUCGAUAACACCACCAAUUUAGAUGAUAAAAUGGUUUUGGGUGGUCCAAAUUUGCUUCAUCUCUUAACAUGCGUUGUGAAAUCCCACUCUAUCCAACACCGUCCCAUUUACAAAUUCUCAACUUUUGUUUUGCGGAAAUUUUCCUAUUUAUGAUCUUAUUGAGAGGGACAUCACGUAAACAAAAAUUCCUCUUCAAUCAGCCUAAUAUAGUAAAAUAGCAAAUAUAUAAUAUAAAAUACUAUUUUUGGCCUUUUUU